CCCGUCAUUGUUUAUUCAAAAAUGACGGAAAACAGCGCGUCGCCGGAGGACCCCUGGCUCAAAUUGGAAGUAAAGUCUGGCUGGCUUUGAGAUAGACGGGAACUUCUGCUGUAUUUGACUGUUCUAUUGUUUGACUUGCUGCAUUGCUAAUCACCAUGUCUCAGCAGACAGAUGGCACUUUCAGCGACAAUGGCUUUGACCACAGCUUCUUUGCAGAAAGUGCUCGCAAAGGAAGUCUAGUGUCAAGAGCCAACAGCAUUGGAUCCACAAGUGCCUCAUCAGUUCCAAAUACAGAUGAUGAAGACAGUGACAACAGACAUGAAACCCCUUAUAAGGAGUCUUAUAAAGACCGGAGAAGACAGGCACACACGCAAGCAGAGCAGAAACGAAGGGAUGCCAUCAAGAAAGGUUAUGAUGAUCUGCAGUCUAUAGUGCCUACAUGCCAGCAGCAGUCUGAGUUUGCCAUGGCCACACAGAAGAUGAGCAAAGCUACAGUCCUGCAGAAAACAAUCGACUACAUUCAGUUUCUCCACAAAGAAAAGAAGAAGCAGGAAGAGGAAGUUUCCACACUUAGGAAGGAGGUGAUGGCAUUGAAAAUUAUGAAAACGAACUAUGAGCACAUUGUAAAGGCCCAUCAGAAUAACCCUCAGCAGGGCAGCGAGCAGGUGUCAGAUCAGGUGAAGUUCAGCGUGUUUCAGAGCAUCAUGGACUCUUUGUUCCAGUCCUUCAGUGCCUCCGUCUCCGUCAGCAGCUUUCAGGAGCUCUCUGCUUGUGUCUUCAGCUGGAUCGAGGAGCACUGCAAGCCCCAGACGCUGCGAGAGUUUGUGGUGACUGUGCUGCAGCAGGUGAAUGGGCAGAUGUACUGAAGCUCUGGAGCCAUCCGUCUGCUUGCUUCUCAGAUUUAGGGUGUGACACCCUUGUACCCAGCUAUUAUCCCAUUCAAACAACAUAGGAACUGUCUCUCUUACACACACACUAUACAGCAGGGCUUAAGCACAUGAAUGGACUGGUGUGCAUUCAAGAACCUGCUUUAGAUAAUUUACACAAGUAUUGAUGAUAUUGUGAUAUAGGUGUUGGGAGCUUCGUGUAAAGUGUUUACAGUCCAAGUGUGGAAUGCAGUUUUGUCAGACUGGUUGUCAUUUAGUGGGGGACUUUUAAUGGUGAAUAUUUUAUGUUAUAACACUAGUAAUUAUGAGGAUAAUAAUACAUGUUAGCAUAUUUGCUAUUUUCUUACAUACCUUCAGGUGGUUCAGAAAUGAAAUCUUUGUCUAGGAGGUUUGAGUCAUAUUGUAUAGAGGCUGAGAAAUCUUUUCAGAGAAGGUUUGCUCAGCAAUGCUGAGUCAAGUCUAAGGUUCCUAAGUUUGCUCUCUUUGGGAUACUGUAACCAAAAUUGCAGUAUCUACGCACAAAGUGUGAAAGACAAAUAUAUUGUUUUCUGCAUGUGUAGCACAAUUUUCAGUGUUUUAUUCUAAAUGUAUGUUAAUGGCUUGAGACUAUGAUCAGUAUGUUCUCUGUGCUGCAUAAGCUAUCCUUGAAGACACAGUCACAUCCAUGCAUGCUAACAACUUUACAUGGUUUGACUACCCAAAAAUAUUUAAUGUAUGUUAAUCAGACAAAUGCAUAGUGAGAAUUAGAACUAAAGUCUCAGGAAAACUUUUUUCUGUAUCAAGACUUUUAAAUAACAAUCACAGUUUGACCUGUGCUGGAAAAAGGGACAUCUUAUAUUUUAAGCCAUAAUGUGAGAGAGAGUAAGUCACUGAGUUAAAUAAUACUUUGUGCUUUUGCAUUUCUGACUUCAAGAAAAUCUUAAAUAUUUUUGUAAAGGUAUCAUUUUUCGUUCAGAAAUAAAUGAUGUUCAAACUUAUUUACAGUACUUUUCUUUCUCAACAUAACUUUUAUAAAUAGAUGUUUUUUUUUUUUUACAUUACAAUUCUCGCAAAAAGUCACAUAAUCCUCUACCUCACUUUUCAAUUGCUCCAGAUGACUGAUGUCUGAGAUGUUCUAGCUACUGGUGUC